UCCACACAACUCUUUGCAACUCAAGGUAGUUCGAUACAUGGACCUAAUCAUCUAACUCUGUAAAAAUGGUCAUUGACAAGUGGCUUCCCUCUUCAAUCGCCAGUUCUCUCAUGACCCACAUGGAUUUUUUCUCUAACCCCAUGUUCUUCACUGCUUUGGCUCUGAUCGCAUCCCUUGUAGCUAUCCAAAUCCUAGCUAGGAAAUUGAGCAAAGAUAAGAGAAAGAAGAAGUACCACCCUAUUGCCGGAACCUCAUUUCACCAGCUCCUCAACUUCAACAGGUUGCACCACUAUAUGACUGACCUUGCCGGCAAGUACAGGACCUACAGGCUCCUCAAUCCCUCUAGGUACGAGGUUUACACCUCCGACCCGGCAAAUGUCGAGUAUAUACUCAAAACAAACUUUGAGAAUUAUGGCAAGGGAUGGUAUAACUACAUCAUUCUGAAGGACCUUCUAGGCGAUGGGAUUUUCACAGUUGAUGGUGACAAGUGGCGCCAGCAGAGAAAGAUAUCAAGCCAUGAGUUCUCCACAAAGGUUUUAAGGGACUCUAGCAGUUUGAUUUUCAGAAAGCAUGCAGCAAAACUUGCUAAUAUGGUGUCUGAAGCAGCAACUUCUAACCAGAUAAUAGAAAUCCAAGAUCUAUUUAUGAAAUCAACCCUGGAUUCACUGUUCCAAGUUGCAUUUGGAAUCGAAUUAGACAGCAUGUGUGGAUCAAAUGAAGAAGGCAAGAAUUUCGCCAAUGCUUUCGAUGAUUCAAGUGCAAUGACCGUUUGGCGUUACGUUGAUAUAUUCUGGAGAAUCAAGAAGUUUCUGAACAUUGGAUCAGAAGCUUCCUUAAAGAAAAGUACCAAAAUCGUUAAUGAUUUCGUGUUUAAGCUAAUACGCAGCAAGAUGGAGCAAAUGAAGAACUCAAAGGAUGAAUCUUCCAUGAAACGAGAAGAUAUUCUAUCAAGGUUUCUGCAAGUGACUGAGAAUGACCCAACAUACUUGAGGGAUAUAAUUCUUAACUUCGUAAUAGCUGGCAAAGACACAACAGCAACCACACUUUCUUGGUUUAUGUACAUGCUCUGCAAGCGUCCUGCUGUGCAAGAAAAAAUUGCAAAAGAAGUGAAGGAAGCUACCAAAAAGAAAGAGUUCACAAACUAUGCUGAGUUUGCAGCCAGUAUAAGUGAAGAAGCUUUAGAAAAGAUGCAUUAUCUCCAUGCGGCGAUCACUGAAACUCUCAGACUAUAUCCUGCAGUUCCGGUGGAUCCAAAGAUCUGCUUUUCUGAUGAUACUCUGCCAGAUGGAUACAGUGUGAACAAAGGAGAUAUGGUAUCUUAUCAACCUUAUGCAAUGGGCAGGAUGAAGUUCAUAUGGGGUGAUGAUGCAGAGGAAUUCAGACCAGAGAGAUGGCUCGAUAAGGAUGGAAUUUUCCAGCCUGAGAGCCCUUUCAAGUUUACAGCUUUCCAGGCAGGCCCGCGAAUUUGUCUAGGAAAGGAGUUUGCCUACAGGGAGAUGAAGAUCUUCUCAGCUGUCAUGUUGGGCUGUUUUCAGUUCAAAAUGAGUAACGAGAACAAAAUUGUCAAUUACAGGACAAUGAUCAAUCUUCACAUAGAUGGAGGUCUUGAAGUUCGUGCCGUCCACAGAAAUGGAAAUUAGCUAGAGCAGUGCUACGGAGAAGCAUUCUUUCCGGAAUUCAUUCAUGAAAAGUGCUUCUCCAUGGCACACUUGUAAUUAUAAUAAUUAGAAGUAUGCCAUGGAGAAGCAUUUUUUCCGGAUGAAUUCCAGAAAAAAUGCUUCUCCCAAGCAUUAGCCAAUUAGCUAGGUAUCAUAUGAGCAUGGAAGUAAAAGCUUGAGAAUUUCACUUAUAUAAAAAAAAAAAAGCUUGAGAAUUUCAUGUUUAUACAGUUUCUUUAUAUUCAAAACUAUUCAGUGUUUAAAGGCUUGUAUUUAAAAUACAAAUUUCUUAAAGGGGAAAAAUCUAAUGUAAUGUGCAAAGAAUGACAAUACUUGAUAGUGGGUAUAUUAGGUAUCUUUAAGAACCCAUUUUUAUAGUAAAAUCAUUAACAAUAAAUACUAAAUAUAUUGAGUAUCUUUGUA